AUGUCCACGCUGUACCCAUCUCUGGAGGACCUAAAGAUGGACCAAGCCAUUCAGGCCCAGGCCAGAGCUGCGCCCAGGAUGCCCACCCUGCCAGUCUCCCAGCCUUCAGUUUUGUACCCCAGCCUGGCGGAAUUGGAAAAUUAUAUGGGUCUUUCCCUCUCCAGCCAAGAAGUCCAGCAGAACCUGCUUCAGAUUCCAGAAGGUGCUAGUCACAGGGACCUGGGCACAGACUGGGCCGGGGAGCUGACCGUGGAGCCCCGCCUCCCCCAGGGGCUCUUUGUGCAGCUGGUGAAGGCCAACAGCCCUGCGUCUCUCGUGGGGCUGCGCUUUGGAGAUCAGAUCCUGCAGAUUGACGGGUGUGACUGUGCCGGCUGGAGCACAGACAGAGCCCACCGGGUGUUGAAGAGGGCAUCGGCUGAGAAGAUCGUCAUGGUCGUUCGGGACAGGCCGUUCCAGCGGACCGUCACCAUGCACAAGGACAGCACGGGCCGCGUUGGCUUCAUCAUCAAGAAGGGAAAGGUCGUCUCUGUGGUCAGAGGGAGCUCCGCAGCCCGCAACGGGCUCCUCACCAACCACUCCGUGUGCGAGGUGAACGGGCAGAACGUCAUCGGGCUGAAGGACAAAGAGGUCACAGAGAUUCUGGCCACGGCCGGGAGCGUCGUCACCUUGACCAUCAUCCCCACCGUGAUCUACGAGCACAUGGUCAAAAAGUUGUCCCCGACCCUGCUCCACCACACCAUGGACCACUCGAUCCCAGAUGCCUGA